AUAGUUCUUCCUUGUUUCUUUGAAUAUUAUUGUUGAGAAAAAAAAAAAAAAAAACAUGUUAGAAUCUGUGGUGGAGUUCAUAACUGAAGCAGCUUCAAGCACUGCUUUCAUCUUCUGUUUCUGCAAUUUGAUCUUCAUACUCAUUAUCCUUGUGGACUUGAAGCCAAGCCUCAUAAGUUUUGAUCAACAAAAAAUUGAUCAACUCCAUCAUCAUAUUCAUCAUCACCCCAUCAACACAGGUACACAAGGAACAACAACUUCCAAGUUUCUACUCAGAAAAAACAAACCAACUCAACAAGAUGAACCUGAAAAUGCAGAAGAGAAGAAAACAGAAUCUGAAGGUAAUAAUGAUGAUGACUUUGGUAAUGAGGAAGAGGAAGAAGAGGUUGAAGGGAAGGAUGAUGAGCUGAGGAGAAAGGUGGAAGAGUUUAUAGAGAGAGUUAACAAAGGUUGGAAAGCUGAAUAUUUUAGCACAUAAAUAAUAAUAAUAAUGUUUAUUUGUUGUGGGAAAAUUUCAUUAUUAAUUAGGCCUAAUUAAGGUUGGAGUAUCAUAAGAAAUCUUAUAGUAUUACACUAUUACUUACUAGUUUGUUCUUUAGUUUUUUUAAACAUUUUUAAUUAGAAUGCUUAUGCUAUUAAGAUUUUAGAAGAAAUUAAGUUGUUUAGGAGUGCCUUGAAGGAUUCUGUUCAAAAGAUGAACAAAAAAUGAAGCCAAUCGUGAUGAAAAUAGUAUGACUACAUUUUAUUUAUGUGUUUGUUUUUAAUGAAGAACUUCACUACUUGUCUACUUCAGAUUCAGCACAGAAAAGGUAGCAAAAAAGAAAGGAAAAAAAAACAUAUAUAGCAUAUAUGUUGU